UACAUUACAUGACGCCACCACCAGCUCGCGGCCCCGACCCCGAGGCCAGCGAAACCGGAGCCCGCCGCCGUUUCCUUGCUUCCCGGCCAAAAAGUCCGGCUCGCGUGCGCACCGCUGGCGCUGGCGCGCAUGUCAGCGUCACCGGCCUGUCAGUUCAGUUGGAACUCACUCGGCAACAGGGUCGCGCGCGCGUGCGGCCUUGACUUUGACCUGAGCGAGCGCCAGCCGAGCCGAGGUGGAGGCAGCAGCAGGGGACCCCAUAAGAUAAGAGCGCAGGCGGCUAGCCAAAACAGCCAGCGGCGAUCGAUCUCGAUCGCUUUGUGUUGUGUGGGGUGUGGCGCACGAUGUCCUCUUACGAAUCUCUGCUGUCGCUAAGCCCCGAGGGGUACUGGAUCGGCGGCGGCGAGUUCGGCGGCGGCAGCGACGUGGAAGCAGCAGCGGCCGCAUCGAGCUUCCUCUCCUUCGACAUCGGCGUCGUGUAUCACCCGCCGGAGCCAGCGGCGUUCCAAGCGGAGGAGCAGCCGGCGCCAGCGCUCGUUGACGCGCUCCAAGCCGAAACUGACUGCCGCGCGAGUGGUGUAGCCGGAAGCAGCAGCGAUGGCGGCGAGCCCGGCGAGCAGAGCCAGACGGAGGCGUCAGCGCUCAGCUCAGAGGGGGACGGCGGCAGCGGUUUCACUACUAGCGCCGGCGGCGCCGGGGGCCUCCCCCUCGUCCCGGCGAGGAAGAAGAAGAUCGCGUUCAAGACGCGGUCGGACGUGGACGUGCUGGACGACGGCUACCGGUGGCGCAAGUACGGCAAGAAGAUGGUCAAGAACAGCCCCAACCCGAGGAACUACUACCGGUGCUCGAGGGAGGGGUGCCAGGUGAAGAAGCGGGUGGAGCGGGCGCGGGACGACGCGCGCUUCGUCAUCACCACCUACGACGGCGUCCACAACCACCCCGUCGCGCCGCCGCCGCGAGGCUAUCAACGCCUCCUCGACCCGCCACCGCCGCCGGCGCAGGCCCACCGUGUCUUCUAGUUCUCUAGCUAGGAGAAAAGCCUGACUCCCUCCAAUCCGACCAGAAAAGCCUGACGGUUCGCAGAAGCAGCUAGCUAGCACGGUUCUGUUCGAUUUUUUUGUCGCUAAUAAUCAUGCAUGAAGGUCAGCAUUUUUUUUUGUCGCGGGAGGAGACUUGUACUAUUAGCCUAUUGCUUUGUCCGAAGAUGACUUAUAUAUUAUAUCUUUUCAAUGAUGAUGGUCAGUCGAUCGGUUAUGAA